CGGCAUUAUUCGCGCCAUUGGGGACGAUGGACCAGGCAGCAGCAGGGUUUUUGCUGCUUUGGCUCAGUAAACAAUAAUAGCCUACCCACGGGGUACUAACCUGAGCUAUUUGCUUACACCCGCCCGCCCACGAUGCAAUGCAAACUAGUCCCGACCAGCUGAAGUCCCGAAACAUGGAGUAUCCCCAGCCUUCGGCUCCAGUCCGCUGGGGCAAAUAGAUUGCUCGCAAAUGGACACAUAUGCUACUGUCUAUCUCAUUGCCCAAUUGAUAAUCUCAAACCACUGCAGAUUGAGCCGUCUUUGGCAUCUAGUCAACACAAUUGGACCAGUAACAAUGCAAUUAUAGGCGCUGGCGCGUAGAUUUCGUAAUGCGCCAGCCGCCUCCAACACCAGAGCCAGCCUGGCCCAACUGAGCCAAAAAGGUCUCGCCUUGCGAGUGGGGGAACUGGGUACGAUCCCAUCGACCUUCCACAUUUGCGCCCACUGAGGUGUGAUUCCAGCCAUGGUCUUUCCUGCACGUGGUAUAGGCUAUCAUCUUGUUUCGGGGUCCUUUAUCCCUGCCCAAGCAUCGAUUGGUGGAACAAAGAAGCCACUCUUGCGCUAUUUGACAAUUCGAAAGCUUCUUGCUGGGCCUAGCCCUUUGUGGCGGUAGAGUUAAGGAUUGUCAGCAUGAAGCACACCUGGGCAAACGAGCCACAAAGUGCCGGAGGCUAGAGCUGGAGCCGAGCCGAGCUAGCUAAGCUUGCCUGCCCGUGUAUAUUCAGCCCCAUGGAGCUAUACUCGGCUCAUCGCCCCUUACACAGGCUGUUUCUGAUUCACGGGUUGUCCUCGAUAUAUUUCCGGAUGCUACCAUAUCUCCAAGUUCCGCGGAACAAAUUCAAGGUUAUCGACGGUCCUGGUGAGCACGUUGGAGGAUUGGGAGGCUCUCAUGGGCUGAGGGCCCUCUGAUCAUCGCAGUUUGAUCCCCUCAUCGAGUCAAGCUGUCGCAGCUGGUCAAUUAGCGCCCAUGCAAGUAAGAUGGACCCGAGUACUGAACAAGCAUAGGUCGAACCUACUUAGCCUGCCACCUGAUCGCAAUGGUUGGCUCUAAUUCAGCCACCAAGGUCCUAAUGAUCCGGGUGUUAGUCCCCAGCAGGUCCCUUGCCGGCAUCUGUCCGUCGACCUUCCCAUAGACCCCAGCUGUCUAUAUAAGCCGCGCGAGAUCCUGUUCCUUUGCUCUUUUCUUCUUCUGAUCCUAAGACAUAUCUUCCUCAGUAUCUCUUCCAUCUCUUCAAAAUGCUCUUCAAGGCCGUUGCCCUCAUUGCCGCCGCCGCUACCGGCGUUGUUGCCAACCACGGUGACAUUACUUACUACAGCGUCGGUCUAGGUGCCUGCGGUAAGACCAACAACGACAACGAGAUGGUUGCCGCCGUUGGCCACAACCUCUACGACAAGCAGCACCCUUGCGGCAAGCACAUCAACGUCCACUACAAGGGCAAGACCGUCAACGUCAAGGUUGUCGACCGCUGCGGUGGCUGCAACGACAACUCCCUCGACCUCUCCCCCUCCGCUUUCAAGAAGCUCGUUGGCUCCCUCGGCCCUGGCCGUGUUCAGGCUGACUGGGAGUUUGCUUAAGCUGUUUACAGCUACACUGGUAUGAUGGAUGGGCUGUACAUUAAUAACACAUAUUGCACAUUUUUUGUAUAUAAAGUUACGAAAGCUUAGCAGUGGCUCGGCCAGAAUACCAUGA